AUGGAAAUCGCCCGCAUCUCCAACACAAAAGAAGGCAAAGGUGCAGCCAUCAAGUGGAAAACCAACGACUCGUACAAUAUGGUCCAUAUGGUGGCCUUCUCCCAACCUGUGCUCGCCCUCCGAGUCCUGGAGCAGAUCAUCAGGUCCUUCUUCACCAUCGAGUUCCUUGUCAGGCUUGUGUGCUGUCCGCAUAAAAGCAAAUUCUUGAGGCAUUUGUCCGAAAAAGAGAACCAAGGACCAGUCUCUCUGACGCCUGUUGACAUGGUGCUGAGCCCAGUUGAGACGCUCUUUGUGAUGGUGUCCGGUCAAGACUGGACCAUCAUGGUAAGGUCGACGGCCCAUCAGACGCCAUCAAACGGCCACAACAUCGUAGACAUGGUGAUCAUCUGCCUCAUGUGGCUCCGCUGGCUCAUGGAGUUCUCCAUCUCCCAACAUCCGGAGGACUACAACUACAAGGAGGUGAUGUACCUAUCCGCCCGAGCCAGUAUCCGAGAGCUGUUCCUCCUGACCGUGGUGAUGGGCUCGGCUGUUCUGCUGUUCGGGACGCUCAUGUUCCUGGUGGAGGCGCUUCACGGCUCAAUGGGCGAAACAGCCACCUUCGACAGCGUGCUGCGAGCCAUGUGGUGGGCUGUCAUCACCAUGACCACUGUAGGGUAUGGAGACUACUACCCUACCACGCCUGCCGGCUACGUCGUCGGGACCAUCUGCGCUCUCACUGGCUUGCUGCUCGUCGCUAUGCCCAUCGCCAUUAUUGCCAGCAACUUCUCCGACUUCUACGACAAUAUGACGUCACGGGACCAGUACAUGCGCAGACAAGCCCUUGCCAAGAAGGUGCUCUGUUGCACUUCAGGCGGUUGCAAAACGCACGGCGGAGUUGAAACGAGUGACUCUGAUGGCGCUGGCAGUGGAGAGCUUGUAGGGAAGGAGGGAAAGUCUGGACCGUUCACAAUCUCUUCAGAACUUGAUAUCCUAUCCACUGAUAUGUGGACACAACCUGAUGUGAAAGCUAAAAAGACUGAAAAUGCAGGCUUAAAAUCCGAGCAGAAGAAGGGAAAUGAUAAAUUGCAGGAUAACAACAAUAUAGAUUUGAUCUUAGACGAUAUUGAUCAGGAGAUCGACGAUUCUAAGCCAACAGUUAAAGAAACUCGGGCUACGACAAGCCAUAGUUCUUUGCAGCAAGGAAAAAACAGAACUUCACGCAGAGGUGCAAAUGUUAAUGCCUCAAAAGAAAUGCAAUCGAAACAUAAAGUGCAUCCUAUUGCGUGA